UUCCCCUCGCAUAUAUACAUCCCCUCGAUAAUGUCGACCAUAAAGCAGCAAUGCCUUCAAGAGUUGCAGACAGCUUCUCUCCUUGCCGUCCUCAACACCAUUGACAGCGUGUUAUCAGUCAACUCCAUUCCCAAAGACCUGUAACGUCGAUCUCAUCUCUAUGCUUUCUCAUUCAUGGACGUACCAAUCCCUUGUUCACGACGUCCUCGAGAUGAACCGUCUAUGGGAGCCAUCCUGGAGAUGCUCAGAAUGCAAAAAGAAGGCGUUCAGCCGACGAACGAGGACAAGCUCCGACUUGCUCUCAGAUGACAAGGUCGACCUGGGAGAGCUGGAGAAGGAGCUCAAGAAAGAAGUUGCGAUAUCUCACGCCGCCAUGACCAACCUUGCCGCUGCCGCACCUGUCGCCCAACCGUCAAACACGACAAAUGAGCUGUUCCGAGGCUUUUCUUCUCUCUCAAAUCGCUUAACCGAACGAUUGAAAGAGGGCGGGCUGAGGGAGAAGCGGGCGCAAGUGCUGGCCGAGCUUGGGUCUCAACAGCAUUAA